UUCUUUCUUCGCUCGCGGACUGUUUUUCAGCGCGGAGGAGAAGACGAGGAGGAAGAGGAGGGGGCGGGCUCAGCCGAGCCGCCUGCCUGCCUUUCCCUCCGCCCUUCUGCCGCGAGGCGUGGCUGAGUCUUCCCUUUCGCCAUGAUGAACAAAUGACCUCGCGGGGAAUGAAAUUUAAAUUCCGCAAAGGCGAGAGAGUUCUCUGCUUCGAGCCGGACCCGACCAAGGCGAAGGUGCUCUAUGAUGCCAAGAUUGUUGACAUUGUUAUUGGAAAGGAUGAGAAAGGAAGAAAGAUUCCAGAAUAUCUGAUCCAUUUUAAUGGUUGGAACCGAAGUUGGGACAGAUGGGCAGCUGAAGACCAUGUUCUUCGUGACUCUGAUGAAAACCGCAGAUUACAACGUAGAUUGGCAAGAAAAGCUGUGGCUCGCAUGAGAAGAAAAGGAAAGAAAGGGCGUUGCAGACUGCCUGGUGUUGAUUCUGUAUUGAAGAUCCUUCCUGCUGAAGAGAAUGAUAAAAGCAGUGAAAAAUCUAUAAGUAGUUCUUCUUCUGAUGACAGUGAUGAAGGCACAGAUGAAGAAAUAAAGAGUGAAGAAAGUGACGUGGAUGACAAAAUAGAAAUGAAAGAAGAGCAAGAGACUCAUACUAAACGGGACAUGGAAGAGAGAGCAAUAAACAUCGAAAUUCCUGAAAUCUUGAAAAAAAAGCUUGAAGAAGAUUGUUACUAUAUUAAUAGGAGAAAACGGCUGGUGAAACUGCCAUGUCAGACAAAUAUAAUAACCAUAUUGGAAUCGUACGUGAAGCAUUUUGCCAUCAAUGCAGCUUUUUCAGCCAAUGAAAGAUCACGGCACCACCAGAUGUCUUCACACACCAACUUGAAUGUGCACUAUAUCCCACCAGAAAAGAAUGUUGAAUUGUGUAAAGAAAUGGUGGAUGGGCUAAGAAUAACAUUCGACUUCACUCUUCCUCUGAUUCUUCUGUAUCCCUAUGAGCAAGCACAGUUUAAGAAGGUGACUUCCUCCAAAUUUUUUCUUCCAAUCAAAGAGAGUGUAGCAAACACUAACAGAAAUCAAGAAGAGCUUUCCCCAAGCCCACCACUUCUGAACCCGUCGACUCCCCAGUCCACGGAUAGUCAGCCUGUGACGGGAGAGUCAGCAACACCAAAACGCCGAAAAACCGAACCUGAAAUACUGCAGUCCCUAAGGCGCUCCACACGCCACACAUCCAACUGUGACAGAUUGUCGGAAAGCAGUUCUUCGCCACAACCAAAACGACGGAACAUUGAGGGUCCCACUUCAAUGCCAAAAUUGUUUUUGCACCUUGAAAAGAAAACUCCUGUCCACAGUGGGUCAUCGUCACCCAUCACGUUGACUCCUAGCAAAGAGGGUGGCGCAGUAUUUCCUGGUUUUGAAGGCAGAAGAAACAAUGAAUUAAACGAGGUGUUGUCAUGGAAACUUAUGCCAGAGAGCUAUCCCCCAGGUGAUCAGCCACCACCGCCUUCUUACAUUUAUGGAUCUCAGCAUUUGCUACGCAUGUUUGUAAAGCUUCCUGAGAUACUUGGGAAGAUGAGCUUUCCUGACAAAAACCUAAAGGCAUUAGUAAAGCACUUUGAGUUGUUCCUAAGGUUUUUGGCAGAAUACCAUGACGACUUUUUCCCAGAAUCAUCUUAUGUCGCUGCCUGUGAGGCCUACUAUAGUACAAAAAAUCCACGAGCCAUCUACUGAAGCAAUCCAUAUUGACAUAACCAACUGUACAUACUCCAUGGCUACUACUUUACUUCACUACUUCAAGAGAAAAAUCAAAAUACUUUGUUGUAAUAUUACAAAGGGAGUUCCUCUAAGUCAUUCUUUUGACAUAAGAGAAUCACAUUUCAUUUCAGAGGUAUGCUGACAUUGCAUUCUAGCACCAGAUAACCUUCACUUCUAGAUAAAAGAAGCUCUGCAUUGACUGCUGAUGCAUAGAACUGCAUACCAAUACAGCGAGGAAAAGGAAUAGAUGCAUUAGAACAGACUUCACGAGAACUAACCAUGGUGCGUUCCACUUUAACAUGAGCUUGCUUCACCUUGAAUUCCUGGAACACCACCUCCAUUUAAGGUGAAUCUAGGAGUGGCAAUUCUACAAGUUUUUCUCAUUUGGAAUUUGUACCUCAUUACAUGAAACUAUUUUGACAUAAAGUGAUAUUUACAGAAGAAAGAAUAAGCAAGGGUUGUGUUAGCAUGAUCUCAGUUUAAGAUUUCUGUGGUUGGGGGAGGAAGAACCCAGGAUUGCUUUUAAGGAUGCACUUGCAUUUUCCCACGGUAGGUGUGUUGGCAAUGCCUGAAUAGCUUGGAUUUGGAUUAAUGCACCCCAUACGUGAUUUGAAUUGCUUUGGUGAUUUAUUUAUUUUUGUCAGCAAUUGUUAAGAACAGGGUGUACUUGUUCUCGGGAAUGAAGAAUGCCACAGUGACAAUUACUUUGGCAAGAGUUCUGAAAAUCAACAGUGGCUGCUAAAUGAACCUCUGCUAUGGGAUGUUCAGCUUGAGGUGCAGAUUUUGUUUAGAUUAGUUUAGGAGUAUGUGUGCUGCUACAUAGGUAGAGAUCUGGACAUACAGUUGCCUGCUGGCGUUAUCUUAACGUGGUAAUGUGUGAUGAUAUAUAAAUGAAAUAGAUUUUGUUUCAUAUACUAACUAGACUUAAAUAACCUUUAGAGUUAAACUCAUAUGCCUAUACCAGCCAAAAUAGCUUGCUCAAUUAAAUACUUUAAUUUAGCCUCUGUAAUUGAGAAAGCCAGUAGGCAAAUAAGAAGGACUGACACUAUCGCUUAAGUAGUCUGAUACUGUAUCCACACUACUUGAACCCCACCCCCUAAUUUUAUUAGGCUUUGUAUUGGUCAGCUCAACUUAUGAAUUAAGAAUUUAAUAUUUCCAUGGGACAGAGUUACCUGAAUACUAAGUUGCCCAUAAAUUUGUAGCAGCAGCAGCAAUUGGUUCAGGCACCAAAAUACUUAACACUUGUGUCAUUGCUCCCAAAUGUUGGGAUAAUUCACCUAGAUGACUUCUCCCUAACAAAUGAUUGCACCCUGUUUUCUUAAACAAAGUCCCAGGUUGUGAGCCUAGUCAGUUAAUAGUUUUGAAGUUUCAGCGAAAAUACCUUUAGACUCUGACCCGAUUGACACAGAUUGCAGGCCUACUGUUGUAACAGGCUGGCUUGUGCAGGCAGGGGACAACUGCGGGUAGAACGGUUGCAAGGUGUGGCAGGGCCAUUUAAUUUGUGGACUAUUGCUGUUUGGGGUGCUAGAGUUUGAUAAAUAUAUUGGUUCCACACAGGUUUGCUUUCCGACUAUAGGACCUAAAGUGCUUUGAAUGAUUUUGGUCUCCAGUUUGAAGUUUUAUAAUGACAAAGGCAUUUGAUAGCCUUGAUGUAAAUAUUGUUUGUACAAAAUGGUUAAAAUAAUUAAUAAGUUAAUAUAGAAUAGCAAAACUUGAUUCUAAUUCCUUCCAUUGUGUGUUCAGCUGUAUGGCAAAUGUCUUUUGUUGUAUUCAGUGUAUAGAAAUAAAACGGCUGAAGUGAA